CCUUCAAAGACUUUUUAUUUUUUUUGAUUGCAAAAGACCUUGUCACCUUCGUUCGUUGCAUUUAAAGGGGAACCAAAGGGCAUGUUGCAUUUUGCAGGAGGUUGUAAGUAGAAUUGAAUUCCAGAUGGUUGCUUCCCGGUGGUUUAGUGAAUAACUGUUCUUAGCGCGGAAAUGAAUUACACAGACCAGGUGUUUGCCGAUUAAUAGAAGAAUGUUGCUUGCUAAUGUCAGAAUAAAACCGAAGAGGGAAAUCAAAACGUACAACAAAUGCACAGACCCAGGCAAUGAUAGCCCGUCAGUGUGAGCUAAAUGCCAAGCAGCGUCCACACAGCACGAAGGGACACGCAUCUGCUACGCACUUCAUUUCUAAGAGUGGGGGCAUGAAAGACACUCCAGUUAGUACUUUCGCGCUUUGGUUUCAAUGGAUCUGGAUGAGAUCAGCCAUAAAAGUCUCAAUGAAGAUGUGAUGCUGCGUCAAUCCAAUUUGACCCUGACUUCAGGCCGGGAUCCAGCAUUGUCCACUUGAAACAAAAAGAGGAAAGAAAUCAUUCAGACGUUUCACUUUGGAUAGAAAGAAAAAGAUCGUCUCUCAGGGAAAUCAAGGAUUCUAAACUUGUUUUUGGUAUCUUGUCAUAUACUUUUGAGGAGCUUGAUUGUCUAUUUAUGUUGUAAAAAUUGAAUCGCCUUAGGAACAAGAAAUGGGAGACCAACCCCUAUUUAAGUCCAAUCAUACUGUGAACAACGCAGACAGUCUAUAUUAUCAGCAGCAGUCUAGCCCUCUGACUACAAUGAGCGGAGGCAUGAAUCAUAGUUAUGCAUCUGCAAGCAUGGAUGCAUCUCAGUCCUCUCCUGUAUCUCCUCAUUUUCCUCCAGAUACCAGGGAGGCUGCAGUUGCAGGAGCUUUGCCAGUCAAAAGCCACGGCAACAUGAUUGAACCAUCCAGGCCAACCAGCUGGCCCCACUCCAGCACAGGUAAUCACGUUCAAAUACGGAACGACCUUGCCAGUGCCAACACGAUGUGGACCUCCAGUGCCCAGACUGACGACACGGACGGAUACCUGUACGUAUAUUCUCAGGCAAACGACAACCCUUCACAGAAAAUGACCAGCGGCGUCCUGCACAAGUUGGACUCCUUCACGCAAGUCUUUGCGAGUCAGAACCUCAGAAUUCCGCAGUCGAGCAACAUAUCGCAGACUCUCCCGAGCCAGGCCUCCAUCGCCGAGAGCAUGCAUGACAGCGCACUGCGGCAACUGCUGUCACAGAAGCCUCCCGCUGAGCAGCAACCUGUUGUGCAUCAGAUACAGAGAUUCCAGCAAUCUUUACCACAGCAAAUGCAUCGUGCCUUUCCGGUUGCACAGCACAAACAACAGAUACAAGCCAUGCAGCAGCAACAGCAGCAGCAACAGCAGCAGCAGCAGAUGUAUUUUGACUACCAACAAAUGCUGCAGUCGCAGUCAGUGUUACAGCACGGGCAGACGCACGUUCAGCAGCUUCAGGCUCAACAAGUCCUUUCUCAGCAACUCCAGCAGCUGCCCCAGCAACAGUACUUUAUGCACCAACAGCAGCUGUCGCAGCAACACACCUCCGCACAGGAGAUGCAGCAGCAGCAGCAGCAGCAGCAGCGACACAUGCACCCUGCACAUUACUAUCAAAGCCAGCAGGCUUUAUGCCAGUUACAGCAACCUAUGCAGCAGCCCAUGCUACCACCACCACCAUAUCAUCGGGAGCAGAACCGCAAGGUCCUGCCACAAACGCAUCAGUACUCCCGCCAAGACCCGCCUUCCCACCAUCCUCAGCAUAUUCAAAUGGCUGCACCUUCUCAGUAUUUCUAUGAAGACCAGUCGCACUAUCGGCAUAUGUACCAGCAGAAUGCACUGCACCAGCAACAAGAGGAAGCUGUGCAGCAGACUCAAUUCCAUGCUGAAAGUAGGAUUCAGGCUUCAGUAGGUUCUCAUACCAGCACCUCUAGUUCAGAGGGUGCAGAGGAAAAUUCAAGAAAGGAACUAAAUAAGAUGGCUCAUCCCGGAGCUGUUAAGGUACCUCAAAGACAUCUUGUAACACCACCUAAUAUUCCGCAUGCACCUGUCAAGGUAUCUCCACAACAAUCUCCUAAUCAUAUUUGGUCUCAGGUGUCUUUAGCUGACAUGAGGCCAGGUGAAUUGUCUAUGGAAUUCAGCGGACAAGGCAGGGGUGCUUUUCAGGAGAGAGCAGACGUCAAGAGCAGACUGACAUGUACAAUCUGCCACAAAGAAUUUAAGAGCCUGCCCGCCCUCAAUGGUCAUAUGAGGUCUCAUGGAGGUCAAAAGGCUUCUCCUAAACAGGAUGAAGGAGAGAAGCAGCCAAAAGAGGUGGAUCACCUCAUGCCCAUCAUCAUGCCUGUCUCUGUGCCUGUAAAGCUUCUGCCUGCUGAACCCAGCAAGCAGGUCACCACUGCCAAGGACAAGCCUGCCAACUCUGUGUCCGAUGACGAGAUGCCAGUCCUCACGAAGAUGACUGAUUCUCCACCACACUCUCCCAAAGUGGCCCGUCCCUGCUCGUCCUCUGAAAUUAUCCGAAAAUGCCAGCCUACUGGUGUGCAGUCAGAAGACGGCUUGAAAUCUCAACAAGAGAAGAAAAAAUAUCGACAUAGGCCUGAACCUCUCUUCAUCCCCCCGCCUUCCUUCAACCUUGCUGCCUCGUAUCCAGGCGCUACUCUUUACCAAAGUCAGCUUCGUUCACCAAGAAUAAUGGGAGAUCACCUGCUGGACAGGACACAAGAGCUCCCUCCCUACACACCCCCUCCGAUGUUAAGUCCAGUCAGACAAGGCUCUGGCCUCUUCAGCAGUGUCAUUUCAUCCUCACACAGUGGCACAUAUCAAGUGCUGCCAAUCACACCUUUGACACCAACUCCACGUGUCCUGUUUGGUCGAGCUAAAAGUAUAGAUGCAUCGAUAAUAACUUCUGGACCCGGAGAACAGACUGUUGACAUAGAACCGCGAAUCAACAUGGGACCCCGAUUUCAAGCUGCCAUCCCAGUGCUACGAGACAGGUCAUUGGUCACUAAGGACAUCUCUAAAGCUGACUUGGUAUGGAAACCAUGGCGCCAAUUGGAGAACCUGGAAGUGGAACAAAGAGUGGAAGACCUGCUGAACAUGGCUUGCUCUAGUGUGCUUCCUGGUGGUGGGACAAAUCGUGAACUUGCCCUACAUUGCCUCUCUGAGGCAAAUGGUAACAUUCUGAUGGCUCUGGAGAUUUUGUUGAUGAAGAAGAUUAUUCGACCCAAAUCUCAUUCGUUAACAGAUUACCACUACGCGGGCUCUGACAAGUGGACAGUAACGGAGAGGAAACUAUUUAACAAAGCCCUGAUCGCACACACCAAGGACUUCUUCCUGGUUCAGAAAAUGGUGAAGUCAAAGACAGUGGCACAAUGCGUGGAAUACUACUACACGUGGAAGAAGAUUCUGCGGUUAGGUCGAAAGCACAGAACCCGACUUGCAGAGACGGAGGCCGAAGGGAUGUUUACAGAUGAAGACGAAGAGUUGGAGGAUGAGGAGGAUGACGAGAGAAAAUCCGAGAAAGAGGGCGAGAGCACAGGAGUGCAAACACCACCAGUGCAGCUGCAGACGUCUCUCGUGGAGCAGCCACUCGUCAUUCAGGGGCCGACGUUUAUGUGUGAAAUGCCUAAUUGUGGUGCAAUAUUUAGCUCCAGGCAGGCUUUAAAUGGUCACGCCAGGAUUCAUGGCGGCUCGAACCAGAUCCCAAAGCAAACUCCUGCAGUGAAACUCAAAGUGGCUGCGCCCCAGCCCAGCUACACCUCAGUAAAGAGCUCUCCAGCACACAGCACGACCAGCGGUGAAACCGACGCUCCUAAGCUUUUCCCUUGUAAGGAAUGUGGAAAGAUGUUCUACAAGGUUAAAAGCAGAAACGCUCACAUGAAGACUCACCGUCAGCAGGAAGAUCAUCAGCGACAGAAGGUCCAGAAAGCCACUCCGGCUCCUGACUUGGCAGCUGCCGUGCGGAGUCUGCCCACACUGCUUCACCAGGAUCACAUGAGCAUGGUCAAACAGGAGAUGGUGAUGGAGGAGGAGGAGGAGGAGGAGGUUGCUCAGGAGUUAGUAGACGUCAUGGACACAGAUCUACUCCUGGACGAGGAGGACAAUGACCUUCUUCCAGAUGACGAUGAAUUGUAGUUCUGCUUUUCCUUUCUUUACCCCCAACACCCCACCCCAACUCUUAUGAAAGUGAAAUGGCACAACAAACAUUUUAUUUUGAACAAAGUUACAUUUUUUUAAUCCUCUACAUGAAAAAAAGUCAUCAGGAAGUCCUCCAGCUGGUUCACAAACAUUAUGCAAAAGGAACCUUAGGAGCGUUGCACAUGGAUUAAAAAUGCUCUUCUGUCAUUUAUUUUAUAUCAUCACAUGGGGGCAAAACACAGCCUCACAGACCAGUCUUUGUCUCAGCAAAAUGAGUCUCUCGAAAAUGUUUUAAACCAGAUUGUGGUUGUUUUGUAAAAAAAAAAGUUUAAUAAAAGUUUUUUUUGUCUCAAGUAAGGGUUUUUUCAAAAUAUUAAAUCGAGUCUACUUUUCUAUGAAAUAAAAAACUGUAAAUAAGGUUCAAAAUUAUAUUUUAAAAGUAAUUGUUAAAAUCCGGUUUAUUGACGGGAUUUAUUUAACUGCUGUUUCUUGGUGUUAUCUAGCAGGUAGGGUGUAAAUACUUUAUAUCUAUUAUGAAAGCAAAAUAUUUUUUUGAAAGUUAAAUAAAUGCGUGGAGAUGAUUGUAAUGGAAUGCCGACCUUUCACUGGGAUAUGUUUCUGUUACCAGUGUUGUACAGUUAUUAAAAGUUUAUUUUAUUAAUUUGGGGGUACUGUUAGUAGCCGGAUUGCAUGCCUUUUACUCAGCAAUGUAAUUUAUUAUGUUUUCAUUGCACUGUAACAGGAGUAUUUUGUACAGAGUGUAUGGGAGUUCUUCAUUAUUUCCUGCAUUUUUUUUAUAAACAGAAUCUUAUCCCUGCUCUAACGAAACGCAGUGUUUUUGCCACGUAAUCGAUGAAGCACUAUGUAUAGACCGGUGAAUGACUCCACUUGUCACAUGCUUUUGUUUAACACGCAAUGCAGAAAGGCAAAAAAAAAAGACGUUCGGAAAUUUUCUGGCCAUGUUCUUGGGAAAAUUGCAUUUUUUUAACAAAAAAACAGUGACGGUAUUUUUAAAGUGGGACAGUAUUGUGCAUUUAGGACUCACUUUUGAAACAAAGGAAUUGUGCUUGAAUAUGUACCUGAGGUUUUUUUUAAUGUGUUGGUGGGAUUAGUAUUUUUUUUCCUAUUAAA